CCUCACGCAUCUAAAUACGCGCAAAGAUACACACGCACUUCUCCUCAAAAUACUCAAACCGACUUCCGAAAGCGUCUAUUUUUUUUCCCCCCUCACAAGAAUAAGAAUCUAAAGAGAGGAUGGAUUCUUCCCAGCUGCUCUACCUUCUGGCAUUGUGCGGAUAUCUGCCAAAAGUGUUAUCGGUGCAGAUGUGUGACGUGGUGAACCAGAUCGAGCUGGAGAAAGUGCGCUGUGAAAAUAGCACCUCUGGGAACGUCACAUCAGGGUGCCAAGGCACGUGGGACAGCGUCGCCUGCUGGCCUUCAGCCAGGGUUGGAGAGGUGGUUACGAUAACCUGCCCACCAUAUUUCAGUUACUUCAGUGACCACCAUAAAGGUAAUGUUUCCAAAACCUGCACAGAAGAUGGCUGGACAGAGAUGCAUCCUAUUGACAUUGCUCUGACCUGUGGAUACAAUCUCAACAGCACUAGCGAUGAUGGAAAGUUUUUUUGGCAAGUGAAGGUCGGCUACACCAUUGGCCACAGUGUAUCACUCAUCUCUCUUACUACAGCUAUUGUGAUCCUCUGCAUCUUCAGGAAGCUCCACUGCACAAGGAACUACAUCCACAUGCAUCUGUUUGUUUCAUUUAUCCUGAAGGCCAUUGCUGUGUUCAUCAAAGACGUGGUUCUCUAUGAGGUCGGGGAGGUGGACAACUGCUCCUCAGGCUCUGUUGGCUGCAAAGCAGUGAUUGUGUUCUUCCAGUACUGUAUAAUGGCCAGUUUCUUCUGGCUGCUGGUGGAAGGCCUUUAUCUGCAUGCACUGUUGGCCGUUUCUUUCUUCUCCGAGAGGAAGUACUUCUGGGCUUACAUUCUGAUUGGCUGGGGAGGUCCAGCAAUUUUCAUCACAGCUUGGAGCAUCGCUAAAGCCUACUAUAAUGAUGUGGGGUGCUGGGAUAUAAUAGAAAACACUGAUGUAUUCUGGUGGAUCAUCAAAACCCCUAUUUUGGCAUCGAUUCUGAUGAACUUCAUUCUUUUUAUCUGUAUAAUUCGGAUACUUCGCCAGAAGAUAAACUGCCCAGAUAUUGGAAGAAAUGACUCCAACCAGUACUCGCGACUGGCAAAGUCAACGCUGCUCUUGAUUCCUCUGUUUGGGAUAAAUUAUAUAGUGUUUGCAUUUAUCCCGGAGCAAGUGAAGACUGAGCUGCGGCUGGUUUUUGACUUGAUUCUGGGAUCAUUUCAGGGCUUUGUGGUCGCAGUCCUUUACUGCUUCCUGAACGGAGAGGUCCAAGGAGAAAUCAAGAGGAAGUGGCGGAGGUGGCACCUGCAGAGAUACAUGAGCUCAGACACCAAAUACCAGCACCCGUCUAUUGGCAGCAGCAACAACUUCAGCACCCAGAUCAGCAUGUUGCCACGCUGCAGCCCAAAAACUCGCCGCGGUUCAUCGUCCUGUCACGAUGACUUGUCUAGCAUAUGAGUCGCAACGAUAAAGACGCACAAAAUGCUGUACAAAAUGCUCUCAUGCCAAAUAUUAGGCAGAACGCUGUGGCAUAUGUAAGCUUUACCAUAAGCACUCUUGGAUCAUGUGUGUGGUGUAGAAUAAGGAAAGUGAUGAAUGGAUUAGAAAAAAUAGAUAGAUAUAAGGAGAUGUGACCAUUAUCAGCUCAUAACUGUUUUAAAAAAAAUACAUUUAAAUGAAAAGCUAAAUUGCACACUGCUUCACAAAGCAAGCUUUUGCACAUUUGAAUAUGAGAGUCACUUUUGUGUCUGUAUUUUACAGUUCAGAUCACGUGUACAGGUGAAUUUGAGUCAUAUCAUUGCAGUCAUAUCAUUUGCUCUAAGUUUUGGUGCGCUUAAGUGAGUGACGUGAUGUAACUGUGAGCUUUGUGGGCUCCUGCGGCUCCAAAUAAUCAAGUUUGGUGCUAAAGCAUUGGAGGAAAAUGAGGAACUCUUAUUUACAUUCUUACGGUGUGCAGCAGCAUCAGAUACUGUACCAGAACUGAACUUUGAGAGCGUGUUUGAGUGCUGAAUGUUGAUGGAAAAUUUGUUUUAAACCAUGUUUUAUAGCAGCCAAAGUAAGCAUGAUAGUAUGCCCCCCCUCAAGACAGGAAAAAAAAAAGCCUGGCUUAUACAGCGCAGGAAACUUUAUUUCCAUAAAUGCCAAACAGAUUAGGCUUCAGACCGAGUGAUGCUGAUUCACACUGAUGGGUUUGGAGCACAAAUGCCCUUCUCUGCACUAUCAUGCUCACGAGAGACCGGUUGCCCUUUGCCUUUUCUUUUAUCAACACAGCCUUCCCUCUUGGCUUGUGUGAUUCUGAGCCUAUGAUUAGGUUGAUAUUUUUCAUUAUUUCAGGUACUGUGGCAGUUUUGUGCCGAUUACUGAUGAGUGCCUGGUUUUGGUGUAUUGAACCGACUCCUUCAGUCUAGUCUUUACUGGCUGUUGGACAGUACAGCAACUCUGAAGAGGAGAUGUCCAUAAGCAGCUCGUUCCUUGAUUUGGGAAGCGUUGUAAAAUGUUGUACAGUGUAAAGAAACUUUUAAAAUUUUUGUGCCAUACGGAUCACAUUGUGGCUGCAAUACCAGUAAUGACUCACUAAGUGUUGUGUGUUCAUAGUCUGUGGUUAUUAUAAAGAAAUAGUUCUCAUAUAAUUAUAAUUCUGAGGAGUAAGACACUCAUGGAAGCCCCUUUGGUCAUGCUCUGUCAGACAGACAUAAGCUUAAUCUCCUGAAUCUCCAUUAUGAAAAAUAUUUUCUGAAUUCUUCAGGUUCAGACUUCUCUGUUGGAGGAAUCUGAACUUGACAUGUCAGCAGAGACCGUUGGAGCCUGUAUGCAAAGCAAAGCAAAGCGACGAGGAUGACUGGCCCUGUCACAACGAUGCUGUCUUCGUGCUUUUGAGCUUACGUAGGUUUGAAAGUCAGGCUUGUUCAUUCUAGAGGGGACAAGCAGGGAACCAGCUUUACCUGGGAGGGAAGAAAUCAUAAAGUAUAAAUAUUUUUUUUUUUAAAUCAACCAUGCUAAUGUGUGUCAUUAAACACCUUCAAAUUGGAUUUUUGCUGGUGACAAACACUUAAAGAAACAGUUAUAUUUUGAGAAUAUAAAAAGAUUUGAAUCACUUUAAUAUUGUAUCUAUUCAUGAAGCAGGUUUUCCCAUUUUCCAGCAUUAAGACUGGAAAUGACUAAGCAGAAGAAAAGGUGCAGGAGACCUGCAUUGAUUUCUGGUCCGCUAUUCAUCUAAUUGACAAUUACAAACAACCAACACAAUUAAACUAAUAACAUGAAUACUUGUACCUUUCAUUUUAUUGUAAGAAGUAAUUAUUGCGGGCUGGGAAACGCAGGUGAAUUCUGGACCAUUGCUCCUUACAAAAGCAUUCAUUAGUAUUUCUGGGAUGUUGUGGCACACCCACGUUCCGAUUUUGCCACAAUAGUUCAGCUGGGUCAGGAGGUCAGGACUUUUGCAAAACAUGAAUAUGUUGUUGAUUUCCUCUUUGUGCUUUGUGUCAUAGUCUUGGUGCAUCACCCACCCUCUCUAAAGCUUCAGGUCAUGCACUGCUACCGAGACAUGAUCCAAAUCUAAAUUCCUGAUUUCCUCAGUGAUUGUUGGGUUUUAGCUUUUGUUUCACUCGUCUACAGAAGAUUGUCUGAGUUCAGAGUUUUCCUUCAUAAUCUCAUUCAAUUAACCCCAUUAUUUUUCAUUGUUCUUAUAGCAGACACACUGAUAAAGGUUUCAACAAGCUGCAGAGAUUUCUACACGUUUUGUUGUUUCUGUUUCUCCUCCUUUAAGAUUGCGUUAUUUGCCCAGAAUACCCACUCCCACAGAGAAUAUCAGCAAUUCUUUAGUUUUUACAAAGUUUGUCUUAUUGUGCAUUGCUGAACACCAAGGCUGUUUGAAAUUCUUUUGUAGUGAUUUCCUGCUUCAGGCAUCUUUAUAAUGAUUCUCCUCUUGGUGGUCCUGUGAAGAUGUUCAUGAUCAAAGGAUGGGUCACACCAACCAAUCUCUUCUGAGAAAAGUCAGACUGUGUUUGACCGACUCCAGGUAGAUUUUUGGAAAAGUGAUUGGUACAGUGUCUUUGUGUUCAAUGAAGGACAUACAAAGAGUUAUAUAAAAUUCAGCUGUCGCUAAAAAAAAAAAAAAAAAAAAAAUGUACGGGAACACUCGAUCAUCACAGUGUAACACAAAGUCAGUUAAGCUAUCACGAGACGUACCUUCAGUACACUCAGGUUGCAGAGGUACUCCAUCCUCCAGGAUGGCACAUCCAUAUGUGCUGUUGAAAGGUUUGCUCUGUCUCCCAGCACAGUCUCAAGAUUGUGGAGGGGAUGCCAGGAGAUGGGCCGUUACAUAAGAAAAGCUGGGCAGGGCCGUAGAAGGCCAUCAACCCAGCAGCAGGACCAGUAUCUGCUCCUGUGUGUGAAGGGGAACAGGAGGAGUACUGCCAGAGCCCUACAAAAUGACCUCCAGCGGGCUACUCAUGGAGUCUAAAUCUGACCAAACUGUCAGAGCCAGACUCCAUGAGGCUGUUCUGUUGUCACUUUCACUUGCACCAAAGCAGGUGAAACAAAUUCACAGUGCUUUAUGCUUCCCAACUGUACAGAU